AGACGGCGACGACUCUCCGCGGCGGUGCAUCGGAGGAAGAAUGGCGUGCAAACAACAAUCAAAAUGCGGCCAUCUCCGUAUCGCCUAAAUCGGCCUAGCGCCAAGGCUCCCCAACUCACCCAUCUGACCACCUUUUCUCCUCCACUCUCGCCGAGUUACUUUGGUUGA